AUGCCACCACUUCGGAACCCCGGGAGGCGCGCUGCAAUUUCGUUGAGCUAUUGGCUUGGUAGUACCAAGUUCUGUGAGAUUCCGUUACUGUGUUAUGGCCAACGGCUGUCAGAUGGCAUGCUCUCUGGCCGGGUCAAGGACUUGGCCGGCGGCAACAAGCCCGAACGAGCUGAGGACACCAUAACGGACCCAGACGAACUUGAGCUUACCAUGGUUCAGAAGUUUGUUUUGUCUGGUGGAUGGAAGCUCGCCCCCGGCUCCGGCUCGGCAGUGUGCGACACGUGA